AUGGCGGGGAUGGAGCCCCGCAAAACCCCUCCGGAGUACUUCCUGGAGAUCUUCGCCGACACCACCCAUGUGCGAGAUGUACUGAAGGGUGUCCUGAACCUCAUCUUCUUCCACCGUUACUUCCCUUCUAUCCGGCCGGUCACCUUUGAUGUGCUCGAUUUCACACUCCCCGCUAUAAACGAUGCAGAUCUAGAGACGCUAAUUGAAUCGCGCGUAUCAGCUCUGGUCCGACAGCACCUGUCCUCCGCAGCCGGUGGGCAGGAUGGCCAGAUUGUCGGAGGGGGCGGGGGUGUGCGAGGACGGAUCGCAGUCGAGUUCUACGAGAAGAAACGGCGGCGCUCAGGGCACUGGUUUGGCGGAUUGACAGGGAAAGGCGAGGAAGAGGUGUGCUGGGAGAUUUGGACCCUUGAUGUGACGAUCGCGACACCGCGCACUGAGUCCGAACGAGCCAAGGUGCGCAAGGCAAUGGGAAAUAUGCUGCAAAAGGCAGCGUUGAAAAUCCUGAGCGUUGUCAAUCGAGAUAAAGACCACAUCCCGCCCAUUACCACUAGCGAUUCUAACCCGUUCCCCUAUCGGAUUGUCGUCAACCCUCGCGCGGACGGCUGGGGAAACCGCAUAGGGCUCUACUGA